CCUUUGAUUCCUUUUGGGACUUGCCCAAUAAUCUUUUACUUGACACACUCUGGAUUCAGGAACUCAGCGGGAUACUCGAUUACACCCGUUGUGAUACAGUGCUUUAUAAGUGCCAUGGGGAUCUAGAGAACACAAGGAAUCAAAGGAACGCAUGUCAGUGGCUGCCAGGAGUGCAGUAGUCUAGUGAACCCGGGCAGAGCCAAGGGUAGAGGAUGUCGGAAGGCGGUGGAACUGAUAAUCCGGCCUUCGCCGAAGACGACGUAGCUACCGGUACCAAUGUGAGCACGGUGAACCUGGAGAACAGUCACACGGAGAGUCUUCAGGAUAGCCAAGUAUCUGCGUCCUUGGAUCAACAGGAGAAUGCACCCGUACAAAAUGGGCACCAGCAGUCCUUCGUGUCCCAACAUUACGUUGAGCCUAUCAGGACAACACCGGAACCCCAUUACAAGACUGAGACCAGGAUAGAACUUCCUGCGGAUGUUCCUGACAAGAGUCCAGUGCCUGCUAAGCUCAAUGGAAUCCACGGGAAUGGAAAUAACAAUGAUGCUAGUUUCCUGAACAGUAGCACUGCCAGUGCGCAGCCUCCUGCUUCUGAUGCGACUAUUCCUGGAUUUCCGGAUGGCAAGAAGGAACAGAUUGAAGCAGUGAAUUUGGAACUGGUAUCAAUGAGGCCUUACACUGGUGGUAACCUCCAGAGUAAAGGUCAAGAAGCGUGUGAGGUCCCAGCUGAUCCUUACGAAGAGUAUUUUGUGCCUGUGAACGAGCACAGAAAAUAUAUCAGCAGAAGCCCGGACGCAGAAGUUGAGACGACCGUAGCUGGUGUCCGUUUUGAUUUGGGCCCGGGUGUUGGCCGUGAGGGACUCAGCCUGAGAGACCCAGCUGCAGGACUAGUCGACUAUUCCCACUGGCUGACAGCCCUCAGAGGCGAGAAGCUGUACGUUACUAAGGAUAAGAGAUCCAGUAGUUCAUACUGGAGACGAAUAGCUUGUUGGGGAUGUGGUAUCCUAGUCUUGGUGAUCGCUGUGAUCAUUGCUAUACUUGCUGCAACUGGUGUGAUACUGACGCAGGAAGCUACUCAGCCGUUGGAGAAUGGCGAUCAUACCAGCUCACGACAAUUUGGUGAUGUUCAGACAGCAGGAAGUCAGGAAUACAUGAAAAAUCCACCGUCGAGUCCACCGCCGGAAACCUCGAGUUUCCCGUCCUGGCCGACUACGGAUGAAUCCAUUUAUCAGAAUGUGCCAAAAGCUUUGGAGGGUAUGGUCAAGUUGGAUGAUCUUCAGUGGAACGAUGACUUUGAUGAUCCAAGGUCCAGAGUGUAUCGUGAUGUCAGUGGUGAAAUUGAGGAAAGUCUGAGGAAUAUGAUACAUUUGGCUGAUAAUUUGUCUAUUGUCAAAGUUUAUAAUAUCAGUAAAGAUGGUGAGGUCAAAUUUAGGAUUAGCUAUCCUCCCUUACCUACGCCUGAGCAGACUCAAGAGAAUAUUGAGAAGAUGCUGCAGAAAAAUGGCAAUAUGGUUGGCAAGUAUCAUCUUAGCCAACUUGUUGUGAAACACUUGGUGGAUGAUUGUCAGCAUGGUGAAAUGGGAUGUCAGGAUAUGUGCAAGUAUGAUUACACAGGAGGUACCUUUAUGUGCUCCUGUUCACCUGGAAAAAUUUUGGACAAAGAUGGAAAAGUUUGUAUAGACGAGAAUGAUCUUAGUGACGUGAAUAUGGAUAGGGAUAAUACAGAACCUAGUACGGGAUCGGCACAUGAUAUUGUGCAGGGGAGAAGCAGGGGACCUGAAACUACGUUCAGCCCUAGGAGACCGGAAGAUUGGUUUCAUGAACCUUCUGGUUUCGUUACUGAACCUAAUAUUGUUCCUGAAAAUGGACACCAGCACGUGGAAGCUGUUCCUGAGCCAAAAUCAGAACCUGAACCUUCUGCUGAACCUGCAGCAGAACCCUCCGCUGAACCUUCCACUGAACCUGCAGCAGAACCUUCGGCUGAACCUGCAGCAGAACCUUCUGCAGAACCCGAGCCUUCUGCCGAGCCAAAAUCAAUGGAUGGAGACAUGGAUCAUUCAGUAUUAAUUCAUGGACAUCCCCAAUUUGUUACUGACUCUAUUUAUGGUGAACCAUCUGCUGAACCGAAAUCCGAACCUGAACCUACUGCUGAACCAAAAUCAGAACCUGAAUCUGUAACAGAAUUAAUAUGGAACGAUAAGAGUGCAGUGGAAACGAAGUCCGAGCCUGAGCCUACUGCUGAACCAAAAUCAGAGUCUGAAUCUGCUACGGAACCAGCACAGAAGCUUGAUCCUACACUAGAAUCAACAUCAGAGCCUGAACCUGUAGCAGAACCGAAAUCAGAGCCUGAACCUGUAGCAGAACCGAAGUCAGAGCCUGAGCCUGCAGCAGAACCAAAAUUAGAGCUGGAACUUUCUGUGGAACCAGCAUCCGAACCUGAAUCAACUGCGGAACCAGCAUCCGAACCUGAAUCAACUGCGGAACCAGCAUCAGAACCUGAAUCAACUGCGGAACCAGCAUCAGAACCUGAACCAACAGUGGAACUAAAUUCAGAACAUGAAUCGGCUACAGAAUCAGUAUCUGAACCUAAACUUAUAGUAGAAUCAUCUGCGGAACCAAAAUCAGAGCCUGAACCUUCAAUUGUAACUGAAAUCCAUCAUGAAUCUUCUGCUGAGCCAACAUCUGAACCAGAACCGACAGUUGAACAUUCCACUGAACCUGCAGAAGAACCACAACCAGUAUCAACGUUUGAAUCUGUAACGGAAUCAUCUGCGGAACCUAAAGUUGUUCCAACAGACGAUGUUAAACCAAAACCAGUAUUACCUUUAUCAUCAACUGAAAGCACAACCGAACCUGAGCAAAUGACAGUUGAGGCUGAACCAUCAGUAGAACCAACUGUAAAACCAGAACCAAUUAACAAUACUGAAAUGUCACAAUCUCCAGAAGAAAUAACAACAAUUGCAUCAGCGGAUCCAACUUCGGAACCAAACCCAGAGGAAAAAAGUGCACCAUCCAAGAAACCGAUAUUAGAACACAAUUAUAAUCCUUUGGCAAGUGAACCGGUAGCUGAACCACAACCAGAAACUGAAACAGUAGAAAGAACUACAGAACCAAUUUCUACGUCUGCGAUCGUAAACGUUAGUGAAUCAAAACCUGAAUCAGAACCAUCUAUAGAACCAAAACUAGAACCGACUGCAGAACCAAAAGCGGAACCAGAACCAUUAAAUGAAGUGAAUGAAGAAGUGAAACCAUCGAAAGAAACAAAAUCAACAUCAAUGGAAUCAGUUCCAGUUCCAGAAGUAAAAGCAGAAUCAGUACCAGCUAUGGAGGAGAAAGCUGAACCAGAACCAAACGAAGGUUCCACAUCAGAAAUAAUCAGUAGACCUUCGAUUGAACAUACGCCUCCGAUAACCCAUGAAAAUUUAACCGAAUCCAUUGUCUUAGUUCCUGAACAGAAACUUCAGGAACAUAACGAGUCCAACGUUAUUGAACACAUGCCGACAACAGUGUUCCCAAAACUGCCUAAAAACAUAGGUGAAAAUGUGGAACCUCUGAUAGAACCUAUUAUUAAUGAUACGCAUUCCGAGGAGGAGCAUAUGAUGCUCACUCCAACCUCUGAACAUUCCCCAGAAGCGCAAGAUCAACACGGUGUCAUUCCUCAAUUGAUUCCUGAACAAAGUAGCCACAUCGAUGACUCAAGUUCAAUUCAUUCUCUGACUAAUGAAUCUCCCAUUGAUCAUUCCACUGUUCAUCCUGAACAUAACGCUGUGAACUACGUUGCAUCUUCGUCAUCGAGUCAUCCUGAAGAGUCUGCUGAACAUUCCACAAAUCAUCCUUUGCAUCCAAUGGUAUUCCAGGAAAAUUCAGUACCGCAUUCAACUGAAAAGCUUGAUGUUACUGAAGAGAAACAUGCGGAAGAUAUGUCACCAUUUUUACCGGAUGUUCAGCAGGAAAAGGAGAUUCCCAAAAAGGCACCAAGAUUGGAUAACGAUGAACAGUACAUGCCAAAUCCGUUUGAACCACACGUGGAGGAUGUUAUAACCGAGUCUCCUGAAAAAAUGCUAAAUCAUAGUAAAACGGUGAAUGAUAUCAAUGGAACUAGUAUCACCGAAUCAUCCAGUGACGUAAAUGAAACCCAAACUGAUAAUGGGAAUAACGUGGAGAAUCAUGCAACUAAGAAUGACGCUGAACAUGAGAAUGAGGUUGAGAAAAAAAUUAAUGACAGUAUAAACAAUGGAGGAGUCAUUAGAGACACGGAAUCUAAUAUUCAGAACGAAUUGAAUCCUGCUGAUACGCAAAAAGAGGAUCUCAGGCAAAAUAAUGAUAACGAUGGACGCAACCCUGAAACUACAACCGUUAAAAGCACGAAAGAAAUUCCUGAUGAAGAACGAAUUCUCAGUGUUGUGCCACUGGAAGAGGAAUACGAAUCUACCGAAGCUCCAGCAAUGAAAGACAUCAUGGAAAAGGAAAAGAAUGAUUUGAAACUAAAUGCAGAGAAGAUUCCGAUGACUGAAUCUACUACUGAAAAAGAAGUCAUUGAAGUGUCCACUGAACAUGUAUCUGUUACUACUAUGGUACCUGUAGAAGAAAAAAUAUCAAAAUCUGAAGAGCCCAUGGUAGAAGAGAAUGUUCAGGCAAAUUCAGGCAAGCCUGAAGAGAAUGCUUUGGAAGAUCAGUAUAAUGAUAUUAAUGACGAAGCCAUUCCUAAGAAUUUCCAAAAUCUUCAUAACGAAAUUCAGAGCGUAGAUCGUCUUAGCAAAGAAGAGGUUGUAUUAAAAAAAGCAGAGAUUCAGGCGGAAGUUCAUCAAGAGGAAGCAGCAACUGAAGAUGACGAAGUACUAAAUUCAGGAAAUGUUCAGACUACUGAAAAAUUAUCAGGAAUUACAACUAUUCCUGACGUGACGGAGUCGGUGACGGAAUCAAAGUCAUCCAUGGAAAGUGUUACCGUGAUAGAAACGGAAGUGGCUGUCACAUUGUUACCGGAAGUAACAGACAAACGUAUGGAGGAACAAAAAUUGACAACCGAAGUACCAAUAUUGCCUGUAGAGAUACAGCAGGAUAUCUCAACCACGGAGUCUCUAACUAGAACUGAACCUUCCAUGUCAGCUGAAAACAUGACAAGUAUUAAUGAAGGAAGAGGAAGUGACGUCUCUAUGGAAACAAGUAAAAUUGUGACAACAACUCCAAUGAUUACUACACAGUCUACGUUAGUGGAAACUAAAACAACUGCUCAGGUACCAAUCUUACCUGAAGAAUUACAGACUACAGAAAAUGAAGUAUCAAUUACCACUUCGGUGAGACCUGAACACAAGGAGAUGAAUGUUUCCAAAUUUGGUGAAAGUACAACAGAAACUGUUCUACAGACAGAACAAUCAGAACAAACUUUAGUAAAGGCAGAAAUAGACAAGAAAACAUUGGACAUAUCAGACAAUAAGACUGCUGAUAUUUUAAUAGAAAAUACUACAUUAGUGGAGAGUAGUACGGUUACUGAAGAAAAAGUUCAGGACGAAUCAACCGAAAGACAUCUUAAUGAACCAAUGAAUUCUGAAGAAACUCAAGAAGCAGCUUUAGAUACGAAACACGAAGAAAAAAUGUCCAAUAUAAAUACUACUACUGAAAAAAUGGAAACUCAAACAAUACCAAUAAUCACCAAUGAGGAAUCAACCCAUAAAGUUGAUCAGCGUUUAAUGGAGGACAGUAUUGAUAAAAUUCCAGAAACAGUUACAACACUGGACGAUAUUAGACCAGUAUCUGAAAUUAUAGAGGAAGACACAAAGCCUAUGGGAUUCAAUUUUAAACAACUUUUCACUGUUACCACUGAAAAUAUUGUACCCACUUUAGAGUCUGAAUUGUCUGAGGAAGAGCUGCGAGUGAUACCUCUUGAGCAGGAUCAGGAGACUAAAAAGAAGUAUGUGGAUAAGAAGCCGUUAGAUAAAUUCAAGCAAAAGAAGGAAAAAGAAUUGAAUUUGGAGACUAGAAAGGAUGAUAAGGAAAGAUCUACAACAAUGCUCUCCGUAGAGGUUCCAGGAACUAUUAUGACAGUCACUGAGAAACCUCAGGAACCUGAGAUAACUACAACGGUGGUGGCUCCUAGUGUACCUAAAUUUAUUCUUGCUGAUACGGAAGGCAAUAUAGUACCAAUUCCGCAGUUAAAGAUUGCUGAUAUCACUUCUGGAAUGAAUCACUCUCAAGGAAAUGUUGAAUCAUCAACUGAAAGACUUUCAGCUAAUGAAACAAUUCCAACUGUUAUAGAAAAUCAGCCACUGAUUCCCAGCAUAAUUCCAGUAACUGAAGAAGUUGAGGAGAACGAUGAGAAAGUUAUGGAAGUGGCAAUUACUGUGCCUAAAACAGAACCUGUGGAAUCGGUAGAUGUGAAAAACGAGACUGUUACUGAUGUUGUAAAAUCUGAAAUUUUAGAAAAUGCCUCAUCCCCUAUGAAAAUUUCAAAAAAUGAAAGUGUUAACGAACGCUUGAAAAAUAUCGAGAAUCGUGAAGAAGCUCUCAUGCAAAUUCCUAAUAUACCUAUGGAAUCUCAAACGAACAAAACGAUCGGUUAUGAAAAUCCUGAUGCAAAUUUCCCAGCUAGCGCUUCAGGUGCUUCACUGUCACUUCCAAAUUUAAUAUUUUCAAAAUGCACUGCCGGUCAAUUCCAAUGCACCAAUGGCACUGCCAAAGAUGGAGCUUACUGUGUCAAUCUCUCUGCCAAGUGUAAUUCAGAAAAUGAUUGUUCGGAUGGUUCUGACGAAUUGAAUUGUGAGCAGGAAGGUUGUCCAGGAAAUUUCCAGUGUUCCAGUGGUCAAUGCCUCACAAGACACUUAGUGUGUAAUGGAAUUGUAGACUGCGACGAUGGCAGUGACGAAAAGGACUGUGAAAAUUGGAAAUGUCAGUUCGACGAGUUCCAAUGUCCUAGUGGAAGAUGCAUUCCAAUAUUGUGGCAAUGCGAUCGUCGACCUGACUGCGAAGACCACAGGGACGAAUAUUCUUGCGUAGAAAGUUGUGGAAACGAUGAAUACUUAUGCCCAACAGAAAAAUGGUGCAUUCCUCAGACUUGGAGAUGCAAUGGAGUACCAGAAUGUGCUCACGGAGAAGACGAAAAACUCUGCGAUUGCGCCCUAGACCAGUUCAAGUGUGAAACUGGAGGUUGUGUACCCCUGGACCAAGUCUGUGAUGGUGUAGAACACUGUCCAGAUCAUUCGGAUGAGUGGAAUUGUCUUGCUGAGAACGUGACUCUAAUAAGAAAUCUGACAGAGGCUGAUGCUGAGUCUGAAAUACAAAAGGAGGAAGAUAACGAUAACAGAAAUCCUAUUUCAGCUAGAGCUACCUUACUGAAGAUAAGACAAUCCAACAAUGAGAGACGUCUAGUAUGCUCCGACGCAUGGACCCAGGAGUUCAGUGACUCCUACUGUAGAUCUUUAGGAUACUCAGCAUCUGAAUCAACGCAGAUCUUAUCGCGAGAAGAAGGCUUCAAGUUACUCAAAUUAAAAGCUAACUCCGAUUCCAAGAUUCCUUUAGUUAGGAACUUGGAGAAGACUGAAUCCUGCGAGAGUGAUAAGAUCGUGGAGGUUACUUGUGAAGAGUUCUCCUGUGGUUCUCAUGACCUGGAUGGCCUAACUGCUCGAUUAGUUGGUGGAACCCAAGCCGGUGAAGGUCAAUGGUCAAGUGUUGCACUUUUGAAGGAAUCGAAACAUGGCACAGCCUGUACAGCCAGUGUACUUGGUCCUCUACAUGCUCUAGCUAGCUACUCCUGCAUUCACAAAUACAGGCAAAGCAACAGUUGGGAAUUGUUCACUGGUGGUGACAUGCACAAACCUACUCCGGUCAAAAAUAUAGUACCUUAUCCCCAGGUAAAAUAUAAUCAAUUUUUGUACAACAAUGACAUUGCUUUAAUCGAGCUAGAGGAGCCUCUGAUCUUCUCAAGAAAUGUCAGUGCUGUGUGUCUGCCUAAUCACAAAUUGCAGCCAAGAUCUUUAUGUAUCACUGCCGGAUGGGGUUUCCCAAUGAAUGGUGAAGUCAAUCUUCAACAAUAUAGAAUAUUCCUUCCUGUUCUAACAUAUGAUUCUGAAGAAUGCAAUGCCACUGGGCAUUAUGCUGGAUUCAUCACAAAGGAUAACAUAUGUGCUAGAUUUACUGACACUGGGAAGGGUCCUUGCUACAACGAUGAAGGUGCUCCAUUGAUGUGCGUUACUGAAUCAGACAAAUGGGAGAUUCAGGGCUUACUGAGUCACCACAAUAGGUGCUCAAGGAAUCAUCCAGCUAUUUAUUCAAGUUUGACACCAGCUCUGACUUGGCUGAGACACUUGGUACCAGCUCUUCAAAUUCAAACAUAAACAGCAGAUACUGUGCCAGUGCAUUAACGGUGCAGGCAUGGAACAACGAGAACUUAAUGAUCCUAAAUGUUUCUCAUCGCAAGAAACGAUUGAGAGUUAUAUACAAUAUGUGUUCCCUUUUAAAGGAACGUUCCUAUUUCAUGUAACGCAGAGAAAAUUCACUUAAUGACAGUGUCAUUUUAACAGAAUGCAAUGUUGCGAUUGUCAGUGAUAAGUUUCCAGAACAGUAGGAGUAGAGUCGGGAAAAUGUCUUCCAAAAUUAUUUGUUAAAAAUGAAAAUGACAAGAGUCACUAAAAAUGAAAAUGUUCAUUCUUCAUUCUUUAUAAGUGAACUCGAAAUUGUUGUACUGAUAAAACAUUUAAUUACUAUAAUUUUAUCCACCACUAUCAUGUUAUUUGAGGCGAGAACGCAUCCUUUCUUUUUCUUGUUCCUUUUCGUGUCUCAAAAGAAACUUAAUGUCCAGCUUCUUGUGUUUCGUAUCGCAUUUUGUACAUAGAAUUUCAUACGUUUUGCAAUAUUUUACAGCGUAUUGAAUUCUAUCCGUCAUAUAUUAUAAUGUACAUGUCUCUGACAAUGAACGGAGGCACGCAUUUUUGGAAAAACUAAAUAUAAUACAACUUGAAGAGAUCAUAAUUUAGCUUAGGGCAAAGAAGAAACAAAAAUGUAAAUAUUGUAUAAAGUGACUGUUUGUAACGGUCUAAGAGAUUGUUUUUUUUAACACGUUUUAGUCGAUCGGGUCUCUUUGCAUGUAAUAAAAAAAGAGAUAUGGAAACAGAUAUAGGCUUUUCCUUUGGUAAAAUAUAGAGGACUAUAACGUAUAACUCUGCUGUCGAAGAAACUUCAUUGUGUUUCGAUACAGUUAAAUUUUUUAUGUUUCCAAUAUGCAUUUCUAUUUCCUGAAGAACAAUGUACGAGAAUUCUUAUGGCUCAAGGGACCCUCCAACUAUGGACAAAAGUUUGCGCAAUUGACAGUUUGUCUCAGAAAUCCUGUGAAAAGGAUUCCUGAAAUGAACGGUGGGUAGGAUAUAGAUAUAAUAGAUAGGAUAAAUGUAUAUAAUAUAUACUAUUUUAAUAAAGUAUAUUGCUACGGACUUAUUAUAAUGAAAAA